AUGGAAGAUGAAACAAGUCGAACAACCAAUGUCAGUGGAAGUGCACCUCUUACUGAGUCUCUUGAUUCAACACCGGAAGUUGAACAACAUUCAGUGACUGUGAAGAGGAAAGCUAUAGAACCAAGAUCUGUUGCUUGGCCGCAUUAUGAUAAGCUCAUAGAAGAUGGAAUUAAUAAAGCAAAGUGCAAGCAUUGUGGUAAAGUUCUCUUAGCUGAUGCAACUAAAAAUGGAACAAGUGGACUGAAUAAACAUUUGAAAACUUGUCAUAAAAAUCCAAAUAAGGUUAACACUUCCAAUUCUAAGUACAAACAAUCAAAUUUAAACUUUCCAUUAGAAGGUGAAAUGGGUGAUGGGGCAAUUUGGACUUUUGAUCAAGAGGUAUCUCGGAGGGCUUUAGUUGAGAUGUUAAUCCUUGAUGAGCUUCCUUUUCGUUUUGUUGAAAAGGAAGGUUUUAAGAAGUUUAUGAAAAAAACCCAACCUUUAUUCCGAGUUCCCUCCCGUAGAACAGUGACUAGGGAUUGUUAUGUAGUUUUUGGUGAAGAGAGACAAAAGUUUAUGAAGUAUUUGAAAGAAACAUCACCGAGAGUUUGUCUAACCACAGACACAUGGACUUCUAUACAAAGAAUAAAUUAUAUGUGUUUGACAGUACACUUUAUUGAUAGUGAUUGGCUCUUGCAUAAACGAAUUUUAAACUUUCAAGUUGUUACUAGUCAUAAGGGUGACGAAAUGGCCCGUCGUAUUAGUAAGUGUUUGCUUGAUUGGAAAUUGGAGAAAAUAAUCACUAUAACUGUAGAUAAUGCUUCUUCUAAUGAUGUUAUGGUGAAAGAGUUACACAAACAAAUGGUUAAUUGGGGAUCUAACAUGAAAUGUGGUAACCAUCUUCACGUGAGAUAUAUGGCUCACAUUUUGAAUCUUAUUGUGCAAGAUGGCAUGAAAGAAGUUGGCCCAUCUAUCAAACGUGUUAGGCAAAUGGUGAAAUAUGUUAGACAAUCUGCCGCAAGGAUUAGAAAAUUUGCGGAAUGUUGUGAACUAAAAAAUAUAGACAGUAAGAAGUCAUUAUGUUUAGAUGUUUCAACCCGGUGGAAUUCGACCUACUUGAUGUUGGAUGCCGCACAACAUUUUGAGAGUGCAUUUGAUAGGUUUGAUCUUGAAGAUGGUGGAUUGUCAACUUAUCUUGCUACUCAUGUUUGUGAAGAUGGAAGUGUUGCAGGUGUACUUGAAAGUGAUGAUUGGCAAAAGGUGAGAAAUAUGGUAAUAUUUCUUAAAAGGUUUUAUGAUCUAACUGAGAAGGUUUCAGGUUCACUCUACGUCACUUCUAAUGGUCACUUUGAAGAUAUAGUUGAGCUUCACAAUCAUUUAAGAGAGUGUAUGGAAGACGAUGAUCCUUCUUUGGCAAAAAUGGGAGAAAAAAUGAAAGAAAAGUUUGUCAAGUAUUGGGGUGCUCCUGAAAAAAUGAAUAAAGUGCUUUUUAUUGCCUCUAUCUUAGAUCCUCGUAAUAAACUUGAGUAUGUUGGCGACGCACUUGAUGAUAUGUUUGGAGAUGAAAAGGGGAGUGAAAUAAAAGAUGAAGUGGUGACUUACAUGAAAUCUAUGUUUGAAGAGUAUGUAGCAAAAUUCUCUAAUGCAUCUCGACGCUCAUCUUCUCUCUCUGAUUUAUCUGGUCAGACAUCGGAUUCAUCUGGCUCUAACACUAGCACAAAAUCAACAAAAGUGAGAAAUAGGAUCCAAAUGAAGAGGAACAAACAAGAUGGUACAGGUUUGGGUGGUAAGUCGGAGUUGGAAAAGUAUCUUAGUGAAGAACUAGAGCCGAAUGAUGAUGAGGACAAUUUUGAUAUCUUGUCAUGGUGGAAAGCUCAUUCUCCUAGAUAUAAAAUUCUUUCCGAGAUGGCUCGUGAUGUGUUGGCAAUUCCAAUUUCUAGUGUGGCAUCGGAAUGUGCCUUUAGCACCGGGGGCCGUAUUCUUGAUUCAUUUAGGAGUUCUUUGACUCCGAAAUUGGUGCAAGCUCUUAUUUGUCUUCAAGAUUGGCGUCGAAAUGAGCCUUAUCCCAUAAAUGUUGAAGAAGAUUUUAAUGAUCUUAUGAAACUUGAACUUGAUAUGGCUGAUAGCUCAAAAGAUUCCCUCGUUCUUGAUUUGAACUGGUCCAAUUUUAACUACCAAUUUGCUCUGCCUCUGCGGUCAGUGAGCUCUCUCCCAUUUAAGGAUUUGAUACUAUCAGCAGCUGAAAGCAAUCGUUCUACAGAAGAUCAUGCCUGGAAAAUAUCUAGACCCUUGAAGGAAUUUCUUGAAAGCAAUCAUAACAAGUCUCAGCUUGAUGCUAUUAAUGCAAACACCCUUGCAGAUAAUCCAUAUUGCUGGGAACUUUAUGAGAAUAUGGUCAGUUUACUCCAUGUACCGUUAUUUGUCUCAGACGGGGGCUUCAGUUGUUCUUUUUAUGUUCUGCUGUCUUCUUCCAUCAUGCAUCUGGUUUCUAGUAGCGCAAAAGCCUUGGAAGGGCAGGGCGCUUUCUAA